AUGUACGGACUCAAGUCUCUCUUCAUUGGCGCUGCCGCCCUCGUCGCUGCCGCAAGCAGCGUUGCAGCGAUUCCCACCAGCCUUAGCUCUACUGCCAAGGACGUCAAGCCAGGUGACAAGUUCACCGUCACUGUUCACACCAACUCUUACAUCCAGGUGAGCAGUCGAAGAGUCGCAAUGUGGGCCUUUCUCAAGCGCGCAUCAUACAGAGAGGCUCACUCUGAUUCCUCGCCUUAUCGCAGAACUCGGAGGAGUACUAUGUCAAGUUCGGCUUGACCCCUACUGGAACGUACGUCGGCUCUGCCCUCGGCGCGGACCUUCUCGAGGGCUACGAUCUCGUCGCCAUCGGCAAGUCCAAGACCGGGCACGGACAAUUCGACCUCUCCCUGACGGUCCCUUCGGAGUUCAGCGGUGCCGCUGGUAACUACACCGUCACCAGCGCUUUCUUCGGCACCGUCGGUGCAUCUGGCGCCCUCUGGACUCACUCGCCCAACACCACCAUCACCAUCGCCAAGUAG